AUGUCCGCUCCCCAAGCACCACACAACACCGCCCUCUUCGAGCAGGACCGCCCGCCCACGCACCGCGUGCACCACUCCGAGGAUCCCCUUCCCGGCACCCGAGGCGUCGCCCCCGCCGCGGACUACUCCGCCGAGGCGACCGAGCACUUCGACGACCAGAACGUCCCGCGGCCGAGCGGGCAGGUCGACAGCGCCGUCGACGAACAAAGACCACUAGGUACGGCCCCGACGACUGGGGGAGGCGUGGCGAUUGGCGGCGAGGAGGACCUGCCGAUGGGUAAGGCCGGGUUGGGGGACAAGAUUGUCGGGAAGACGCAGAAGGUCGUUGGGAAGGUGGCGAAGAACCCGGAGAUGCAUGAGAAGGGGGAGUUGAGGGAGGCGGGGGGGAAAGCGGCUGCGCAGGGACAGGCGCGCGCGCCGCACGACUGA